AACCUACAAAUCAGUCAAACCAGAAGAUGCUGGUGAGAUCAGAUUCACUGCUGAGAGGGUCUCUUCAACAGCAACACUAGGAGUCAAAGAGCUUCCAGUUCAUAUUGUGAAGCCCCUGAGAGUGAAGAUUGCCAUGUACAAACAUCGUGCCUUGCUGGAGUGCCAGGUCUCUCGUGCCAAUGCUGCAGUUAAAUGGUACAGAAGAAAUCAUGAAAUUGUGCCAAAUAGGAAGUACCAAACUAUCAGUGAAGGCGUGUACCGACAACUUAUCAUAGAUGAUGUGGGAUCCUCAGAUGAAGACACCUUUAUCUGUGAUGCUGUCGAUGACAGGACUUCCUGCCAACUGUUUGUAGAGGAGCAGGCCAUCAGCAUUUUGAAAGGACUCAGUUCUGUGGAGGUCAUGGAGCCUAAAGAGACUCAUUUUAAAGUGGAAACAAGUAUUAAGUUAGAGAGGGCACCGAAAUGGACCCUGAAUGGGCAGAUACUAUGUCCCUGUCCAGAAAUCAGGAUUGAGAGGCAAGGAACCUCGAACAGACUCAUAUUGACUCAAACCGACAGUAGUAUGUGUGGUACUGUGCAGUUCACCUCGGGGAAGAGCAAGUCAGAAGCUCAACUCACAGUUACAG